AUGGGGGAGACAGACCUGAGGAAAAGGAGAGAGGACGAGAAGUCGAUCCAGAGUAAUGAACACAAGACCACAAUUCUCCAGAAAGAGGUGGGCCUGAUCAGCGGCAUCUGCAUCAUCGUGGGCACCAUCAUUGGCUCCGGCAUCUUCAUUUCGCCCAAGUCUGUGCUCAGGAACACAGCAGCCGUGGGGCCCUGUCUCACCAUAUGGGCAGCAUGUGGGAUUAUCUCAACAAUGGGCGCUCUGUGCUUUGCGGAACUCGGCACUACGAUCACCAAGUCCGGGGGCGAGUAUCCCUACCUGCUGGAGGCUUUCGGUCCCAUUCCUGCCUAUCUUUUCUCCUGGAUCAGCCUCAUCGUCAUCAAGCCCACUUCCUUUGCCAUCAUCUGCCUCAGCUUCUCUGAGUACGUCUCUGCGCCCUUCUACCCAGGCUGCGAGCCUCCUCAGGUCGUGGUUAAAUGCCUGGCCGCCGCCGCCAUCUUGCUCAUCACGACAGUGAAUGCGCUGAGUGUGCGGCUGGGGAGCUACGUCCAGAACUUCUUCACAGCCGCCAAGCUGGUGAUCGUGGCCAUCAUUAUCAUCAGUGGACUAGUCCUCCUGGCCCAAGGAAACACAAAGAAUUUCGAAAAUUCUUUUGAGGGUACAAAAAUAUCUGUGGGAGCCAUCAGUCUGGCGUUUUAUAACGGACUCUGGGCAUAUGAUGGAUGGAAUCAACUCAAUUAUAUCACAGAAGAACUUAGAAACCCUUUCAGGAACCUGCCCCUGUCCAUUGUCAUCGGGAUCCCGCUGGUGGCGGUGUGCUACAUCCUCAUGAAUGUUUCCUACUUCACCGUGAUGACCACGACUGAACUCCUGCAGUCUCAGGCUGUGGCUGUGACAUUUGGGGACCGUGUCCUCUACCCAGCCUCCUGGGUCGUUCCACUGUUUGUGGCAUUUUCAACCAUUGGUGCUGCCAACGGGAGCUGUUUUACAGCAAGCAGGCUCAUUUACGUUGCAGGCCGGGAGGGUCACAUGCUGAAAGUGCUCUCUUACAUUAGUGUCAAGCGCCUAACUCCAGCCCCCGCCAUCAUCUUUCAUGGUAUCAUAGCUACCAUUUACAUCAUCCCUGGUGACAUAAACUCACUAGUCAAUUCCUUCAGUUUUGCUGCAUGGCUGUUUUAUGGCAUGACGAUUCUAGGACUCAUUGUGAUGAGGUUUACGAGGAAAGAAUUGAAAAGGCCUAUCAAGGUGCCCAUUUUCAUUCCCAUCUUGAUGACUUUAAUCUCAGCGUUUUUAGUGUUGGCUCCGAUCAUCAGUGAGCCUGCGUGGGAGUAUCUCUAUUGUGCGUUAUUUACACUGAGCGGCCUUAUAUUUUACUUCCUCUUCGUCUAUUACAAGUUUGGAUGGGCUCAGAGAAUCUCAAAACCGAUCACCAUGUUUCUUCAGAUGCUGAUGGAAGUCGUCCCACCAGAGGAAGCCCCCGAGUAGCCAAGUCAGAACGGUGAUCGCCUAUCUUUGUAAGCAGCGUUUGUGGUUAUUUCUUCCUGAUGUUUUUCUUAAAGAAAACACGGAUUCAGAUGUUUAUGCUGUUUUUGUUGUUAGAUAUCCUUAGUUCUCUGAGUGGGGGUUCAAGAUAGGAGAAAUGGCAGGUACGUGCUAAGGCUAGCGGCAGAAGACGCAACUCAGAGAAUGCUGAUGGCCAGGGAGGGGCUGAAAGAAAAACCUACCACCACUGUGGUGGCAACUAUGUAACAACACGGGAAUACCGCUCCUUAAAUAAAGGAUGCUCCUUAAACCAAUGGUAAACAAGGUACAUUUUUAUAUAUAAAACUGGUGAUGUUUUUCCUUUGACUGAAAUAGAUUUUUUAAAUAUUUAAGUACAAAUAUUUUGCUACCCAUUCCCCCCGCCCCAAAAGUACUGCAACCCCUG